GUCCACCGUUGGAUAGCUACUCAAACCCUGAGCAAGCACUCAAUUUCAGACACAGGAAGAUCUAAUCUGAUACUCGAUGGAGAGGAUUCUGCUACUAUUGACAACCCGAAUCUCACCAAACCACCAAUGACAAUCAACCAAACCCGGAAUGGACCCGAUCAUGGAUCUGCCUAAACUGGGUCCGGUUAGCCGUGGGCUGCGAUCCUCGGUUAGUGGCGGAGAUGUCACGCCCUGUCCUCCUCUCUCCGUCGGUCUUCACCACGGACCAGAGCCAGAAAAAAAUUCAGAUAAAAUCGAGGCGUGAUGCAAAACGUAAAAGAAACCACGAGUUGGCCAGGUGGAUAGAACCAGUGGUUUAGCGAGCAAAUGGCAUGCUUUACCUGCACUAAGCGAUGGAGGGGUCGCAAUCAAGGCGAUUGAGAUUGGAGGAUGGAAGGCUGACUGGGAUUAUUAAUGGCAAGUUCGAUGGAAUGCGAUUUCUAAUUCGAUUUCUAUUUAUUCCAAUACCUUUUUCUGUGCUUCUAGAACAUCCUUAUCUUUUUCUUUUCUUUUUCUUUUUUUCUUCUUUCUUCCUGUUGACUGACGUCGGUUGUUUGAUUCUUUUGGCUGCAUCCCUUUCCAGCUACUUUUCUGCAUUUCUCUUGGAGUUUCACCCUUGAUACAAUUGCCUUUUACUUUAAUACUUCUCUACCUUUGAUAUAUCUGAGAUUGACAGGAACAAUGACUGGUCACUCUGAUUCUUCCCCCGCCAUGAACGGUUCCGCUCCGCGCAAGGCUUUCGGCACGCUGGCCGUCCACGCCGGUGCGCCUCACGACCCCUCCACCGGCGCCGUCAUCGCUCCGAUCUCCCUGUCCACCACGUUCGCGCAGACCACGGUUGGCAGCCCGGUCGGCCUCUACGAGUAUACUCGGAGCUCCAACCCCAACCGUGAUCACUUUGAGCAAGCCGUCGCCGCCUUGGAGAACGCCCGGUAUGCCCUCGCUUUCGCCUCCGGUUCGGCCACCACCGCCAUCAUCCUCCAGUCGCUCACCCCCGGUUCGCACGUCGUCUCCGUCUCCGAUGUCUACGGCGGCACCCAUCGCUACUUCACCAAGGUGGCCUCCGCCCACGGUGUCGAUGUCACCUUCUCCCCCGCGCUGGAAUGCGACGUGGAGAAGCUGAUCCGGCCCGAGACCAAGCUGGUGUGGAUCGAAACCCCGUCCAACCCGACCCUGGGUCUCGUGGAUAUUGAGAAGGUGGCCGCGGUGGCGCAUAGCCAUGGCAUCCUUGUCGUGGUCGACAACACCUUUAUGAGCCCGUACGUCCAGAACCCGCUCAACCACGGCGCCGAUAUUGUCGUGCACUCCGUGACCAAGUAUAUCAACGGACAUUCGGACGUACUGAUGGGCGUCGCCGCCUUCAACUCGGACUCCCUGAAAGAGCGCCUCACCUUCCUCCAGAACGCCAUCGGAGCCGUCCCCUCGCCCUUCGACUGCUGGCUGGCCCACCGUGGUCUGAAGACGCUCCACCUGCGCGCCCGCGAGGCAACCACCAACGCCACGGCCGUCGCCAAGGCCCUCGAAGCUUCCCCCCACGUCACCUCCGUCAACUACCCCGGCAUCGACUCGCACCCGCAGCGGGCGAUCGCCAUCAAGCAGCACCGCAACGGCAUGGGCGGUGGCAUGCUGAGCUUCCGCAUCAAGGGUGGCCAAAAGGCGGCCCACCUCUUCUGCCAGUACACCAAGGUUUUCACGCUGGCGGAAAGCCUGGGCGGCGUCGAGAGUCUGUGCGAGGUCCCCGCGAGCAUGACGCACGCGGGUAUCCCCAAGGCCGAGCGCGAGGCCGCCGGCGUCUUCGACGACCUCGUCCGCAUGAGCUGCGGUGUUGAGGACGUGGAGGAUCUCACGGCUGAUGCGCUGCAGGCGAUUGAGAAGGUCGAGGCUGCCAUCGAGGCGGGUGUGAACGGCUCGGCUUGAGUGGAAGCGUGGGAUACAACUUGUUUAGAUGCAUAGAGUGUGAUCUAUUCUAUAGUAUAGAUUCUUUUUAACGAUGUCAUGGGUUGGCUGUCGGGUGGCUUAAUUAGCUAUACCGGGGUCUG